CUGGACAAAAAAUGUCGUUAACCAUGAAAGAGGUUGAUCAAGAGACGGGUGCCGAUUUGAAUCCAGCAUCACAUUCACACAUGAAUGACGAAAUGCGCGAUAGAAAUCCAGACAGACCAAUGGCUAGCACCUCACUAUUACAAUUGGAAUCGGCCAAAGAUGCCGAAGAAAACACGGCACGCAAAAAGGUUACACGAAUCUCAAGUCCGGAGCGAUGGGAAAUCAAACAAAUGAUUUCGUCUGGUGUAAUCGAUCGCACAGAGCUACCUGAUUUCGAUGAGGAAACCGGUCUACUACCAAAAGAUGAAGACGAUGAAGCCGACAUUGAAAUCGAAAUUGUCGAAGAAGAGCCAGCAUUUCUACGUGGUCACGGUCGUGCACUGCAUGAUUUAUCGCCCGUUCGAAUUGUUAAAAAUCCAGAUGGUUCACUUGCUCAAGCCGCUAUGAUGCAGUCUGCGCUGGCCAAAGAACGUAGGGAACAACAAAUGUUACAGCGUGAACAAGAGAUGGACAGCAUUCCGACGAGUUUGAAUAAAAACUGGAUCGAUCCAUUGCCAGAAGAUGACACACGAGAACUAGCAGCUAAUGUCCGUGGCGUUGGAAUUGCACCACAAGAAGUUCCCGAAUGGAAGAAGCAUGUGAUUGGCGGCAAAAAAUCUUCAUUCGGUAUGAAAACUAACCUCACACUCAUCGAACAGAGACAAUCGCUUCCAAUUUAUAAGUUGCGCGACGAUUUGAUAAAGGCUGUAACUGAUAAUCAAAUUCUCAUUGUCAUUGGAGAGACUGGAUCGGGUAAAACAACACAAAUCACACAAUAUUUGGCGGAAUGUGGUUUCACGGCGCGUGGAAAGGUCGGCUGCACACAACCACGUCGUGUUGCUGCGAUGUCAGUGGCAAAACGUGUUGCCGAAGAGUUUGGUUGUCGUUUGGGCCAAGAAGUCGGCUACACAAUUCGUUUCGAAGAUUGCACCAGUCCCGAAACCGUAAUCAAAUACAUGACAGACGGUAUGUUGCUGCGUGAAUGCCUGAUGGAUAUGGAUUUAAAGUCGUACUCAGUCAUUAUGUUGGAUGAAGCUCAUGAGCGUACAAUUCACACUGACGUUCUGUUCGGUUUGCUGAAACAGGCCGUAUGCAAGCGUGCUGACCUCAAAUUGAUUGUAACAUCGGCCACAUUGGAUGCCGUCAAAUUUUCACAGUACUUCAUGGAAGCGCCAAUUUUUACAAUUCCCGGUCGAACAUUUCCCGUUGAAGUGUUGUACACCAAAGAGCCCGAAACGGAUUACUUGGAUGCAUCGUUGAUUACGUGCAUGCAAAUCCACUUGAGAGAACCACCCGGUGAUAUUUUGCUCUUUUUGACGGGUCGUGAAGAGAUCGAUACUGCUUGUGAAAUUUUGUAUGAGCGCAUGAAAUCACUUGGGCCCGAUGUACCAGAAUUGAUUAUUCUGCCAGUGUAUUCAGCGUUGCCGUCUGAAAUGCAAACGAGAAUUUUUGAUCCAGCACCAGCUGGUAGCCGUAAGGUGGUCAUUGCUACAAAUAUCGCUGAAACCUCAUUGACCAUCGAUGGUAUUUACUAUGUGGUCGAUCCGGGAUUUGUGAAACAAAAAGUAUACAAUUCAAAGACUGGCAUGGAUUCGCUUAUGGUAACGCCAAUUUCGCAAGCAGCGGCCAAACAACGAGCUGGCAGAGGCGGUCGAACUGGACCCGGAAAAUGCUAUCGCUUGUACACGGAGCGUGCGUAUCGUGAUGAAAUGCUACCGACACCCGUGCCCGAAAUUCAACGAACCAAUCUCGCGACAACGGUAUUGCAGCUCAAAACAAUGGGCAUCAACGAUUUGCUUCACUUUGAUUUCAUGGACGCACCACCGGUUGAAUCACUGGUCAUGGCACUGGAGCAACUGCAUUCGUUGUCUGCCCUCGACGAUGAAGGUUUAUUGACUCGACUCGGUCGACGAAUGGCCGAAUUUCCACUCGAACCAAAUUUAUCGAAAAUGUUGAUUAUGUCGGUCGCACUGCAAUGCUCCGAUGAAGUACUGACCAUUGUAUCGAUGCUUAGCGUACAAAAUGUUUUCUAUCGACCGAAAGACAAACAAGCUCUGGCCGAUCAAAAGAAAACCAAAUUCAAUCAACUCGAGGGCGACCACUUGACUUUGCUGGCGGUGUACAACAGUUGGAAAAAUAAUAAAUUCUCGAAUGCUUGGUGUUAUGAAAAUUUCGUUCAAAUCCGAACACUCAAACGUGCCCAGGAUGUACGCAAGCAAUUGCUCGGUAUUAUGGAUCGUCAUAAAUUGGACGUCGUAUCAGCUGGAAAGAAUACGGUGCGCAUUCAAAAGGCCAUUUGUUCGGGCUUCUUCAGAAAUGCCUCAAAGAAAGAUCCACAAGAGGGCUAUCGAACCAUUGUCGAUUCACAAGUGGUUUAUAUUCAUCCAUCCAGCGCUUUGUUCAAUCGACAACCCGAAUGGGUGGUCUACCAUGAACUUGUACAAACGACUAAGGAAUACAUGCGAGAAGUGACUACCAUCGAUCCAAAGUGGCUGGUCGAAUUUGCGUCAGCUUUCUUCCGCUUCAGCGACCCAACGAAACUCAGCAAAUUCAAGAAGAACCAACGACUCGAACCACUCUACAACAAAUACGAAGAACCAAACUCAUGGCGUAUCUCAAGGGUUCGUCGACGUCGCAAUUAAACUUGUACACCAUUUAUUUUAAUUAAACUUUCAUGUGGAUUUUAAUCGAAUCAUUUGUUAGGCAUAAGAACGAACGGAAAUAAAUUCCAUUGGAUUUUCAUCUUCUGUA